CGGGGGGGGGGGGUGGUGUCCCCGGCCGGUUUGGGGGGUGCGUUGCCCGGAGACGGAAAGUUUGGGAGCCGGAGCAGCCUCCGCCGCAGCCCUGGGAAGGGAUUCCAGGGGGCGGCGGCCCUGGGGAUGGGGAAGGAGCAGGAGCUGCUGGAGGCGGCCCGCACCGGGCACCUCCCGGCGGUGGAGAAGCUGCUGUCUGGGAAGCGGCUCUCCUCAGGCUUCGGGGGCGGCGGCGGCGGCGGCUCCUCCGGGAGCAGCGGCGGCGGCGGCGGCGGCCUGGGGUCCUCGAGCCAUCCCCUCUCCAGUCUGCUCAGCAUCUGGAGAGGACCAAAUGUGAACUGUGUUGACAGCACUGGGUAUACACCUCUACACCAUGCUGCUUUGAAUGGCCAUAAGGAUGUGGUUGAGGUUCUUCUGAGGAACGAUGCAUUGACCAAUGUGGCUGAUUCCAAAGGCUGUUACCCUCUGCACUUGGCAGCCUGGAAAGGAGAUGCCCAGAUAGUGCGGUUGCUCAUCCAUCAAGGGCCCUCACACACCAGAGUCAACGAACAGAAUGCUCUUGAGAUCAAAGAAUUCAAAAAGUACGGCCCCUUUGACCCUUAUAUCAAUGCCAAGAACAACGACAAUGAGACAGCCCUGCACUGCGCCGCGCAGUAUGGCCACACGGAGGUGGUGAAGGUCCUCUUGGAGGAGCUGACAGACCCCACCAUGCGCAACAACAAAUUCGAGACCCCUCUGGACCUGGCUGCACUAUAUGGGAGACUGGAGGUGGUGAAGAUGCUCCUCAAUGCACAUCCCAACCUCCUGAGCUGCAACACUAAGAAGCACACCCCCCUGCACUUGGCAGCGCGGAACGGCCACAAAGCUGUGGUGCAGGUCCUGCUGGACGCCGGCAUGGACAGCAACUACCAGACGGAGAAGGGCAGUGCUUUGCAUGAGGCUGCUCUGUUUGGCAAGACUGAUGUGGUGCAAAUCCUGCUGGCUGCAGGAAUUGAUGUCAACAUAAAAGAUAACCGUGGCCUGACUGCCCUAGACACUGUCCGGGAACUGCCUUCUCAAAAGAGCCAGCAGAUAGCAGCGCUUAUCGAAGAUCACAUGACUGGAAAAAGAAGUGCAAGAGAGGCCGAUAAAACCCCCACUUCCCAGGGACCUCUCAUCUCCAAUAUGGACUCCAUAUCCCAGAAGUCUCAGGGUGACGUGGAGAAAGCAGUGACUGAACUGAUCAUUGAUUUUGACACCAAUGCUGAAGAGGAGGGUCCCUACGAGGCGCUGUAUAAUGCUGUCUCCUGCCAUUCGUUGGACAGCAUGGCCAGUGGGCGAUCGUCUGACCGAGACUCCAUGAACAAGGAGGCCGAGGCAGCAGGAGUGAAGGCUGCUGGAGUGAGGCCUAGGGAACGUCCACCGCCUCCAGCAAAGCCACCACCCGAUGAAGAGGAGGAAGACCACAUAGAUAAGAAGUAUUUUCCCUUGACAGCUUCUGAGGUCUUGGCCAUGAGACCCUGGCUUCAGGGAAGUGCAGCCAGGGAAGAGGAGGAGCAUCCUUACGAGCUGUUGCUAACGGCAGAGACAAAGAAGCUGGGACCCGUGGAUGGGGAUGGGAAACCGAAAGACCACAGGCGGGGCAGCAGCAGUCGGAGCCAGGACUCUGCGGAGGGGCAGGACGGGCAGGUCCCAGAGCAGUUCUCCGGUCUCCUCCACGGCUCCUCCCCGGUGUGUGAGGUGGGGCAGGACCCUUUCCAGCUGCUCUCUGCCACUGGCCAGAGCCUUCCAGAAGGGUCCCCCGCACAGGGCGCCUGUCACGAGGCCAGCAUGCAGCUGGAGGAGACGGCUGUGCGUGCUCCUGGAGCCUCCCCGCCCAGUGUCCUGGACCAGAGUAAGAGAGCGGGUUACCCGGCUGGCCUGCCCACCACCAACAGCCAAUCGCACCCCGAAACUUUGACUCACACAGCAUCUCAACACCCUGGUGGUGCCGAGGAAGAAAGAGACCGGAGUGGGGCUAGGAGCCGAGCCCCUCCCAGCAGCAAACCCAAAGCUGAACUUAAACUCAGCCGCAGCUUGUCCAAGUCUGACUCUGAUCUCCUGACCUGCUCACCCACGGACGACACUACAAUGGGGAGCCGGAGCGAGUCCUUGUCCAACUGCAGCAUCGGGAAGAAGAGGCUGGAGAAGUCGCCCUCCUUUGCCUCGGAGUGGGAUGAGAUUGAGAAAAUCAUGAGCUCUAUUGGCGAAGGGAUUGACUUUUCUCAGGAACAGCAGAAGAUCUCAGGUUCACGGACGCUGGAGCAGAGCGUCGGGGAGUGGCUGGAGGCGGUGGGGCUGCAGCAGUAUGAGAGCAAGUUGCUUCUGAAUGGCUUUGACGAUGUCCGCUUCCUGGGGUCUAACGUGAUGGAAGAGCAAGACCUGCGAGAGAUCGGCAUCAGUGACCCACAGCACCGGCGGAAGCUGCUGCAGGCGGCGCGGUCCCUGCCCAAGGUGAAAGCUCUGGGCUAUGACGGCAACAGCCCCCCAUCAGUGCCCUCCUGGCUGGACUCCCUGGGGCUGCAGGACUACGUGCAUUCCUUCCUGUCCAGUGGCUACAGCUCUAUUGACACUGUGAAGAACCUCUGGGAACUGGAGCUUGUCAACGUCCUGAAGGUCCAUCUCCUCGGCCAUCGCAAGCGCAUCAUUGCCUCCCUCGCAGACAGGCCCUACGAGGAGCCGCCUCAGAAGCCCCCACGGUUUUCCCAGCUGAGAUGCCAAGACUUGCUCUCCCAGACAUCGUCCCCGCUGAGCCAGAACGACUCCUGCACCAGCCGCUCCGCUGACCUGCUGCUGCCUCCUGGGGACACGGGCAGGAGGCGGCACGACAGUCUUCAUGACCCUGUGGCACCUUCUCGAGCGGAGCGCUUCAGAAUCCAGGAAGAGCAGCGCGAAGCCAGACUGACCCUCCGGCCCCCCAGCCUGGCUGCUCCCUAUGCCCCGGUGCAGAGCUGGCAACACCAGCCAGAGAAGCUCAUCUUCGAGUCCUGCGGUUACGAAGCCAACUAUCUGGGCUCCAUGUUGAUCAAAGAUCUUCGAGGGACAGAAUCCACACAGGACGCCUGUGCCAAGAUGCGGAAAUCCACCGAGCACAUGAAGAAGAUCCCCACUAUCAUCCUGUCCAUCACGUACAAAGGUGUCAAGUUCAUCGAUGCCUCCAACAAGAACGUCAUUGCAGAGCACGAAAUCCGGAACAUUUCAUGUGCGGCCCAGGACCCAGAGGACCUCUGCACCUUUGCCUACAUCACCAAGGACCUGCAGACCAGCCACCACUAUUGCCAUGUGUUCAGCACGGUGGAUGUGAAUCUGACCUAUGAGAUCAUCCUGACGCUGGGGCAGGCGUUCGAGGUGGCCUAUCAGCUGGCCCUGCAGGCCCAAAAGUCCCGGCCCCUGGGGGCCUCCGCCGCCGAGAUGAUCGAAACGAAAUCUUCCAAACCGGUGCCUAAGCCUCGGGUCGGCACGAGGAAGUCAGCACUGGACCCGCCCGAUACAGACCCAGAUGCCCAGUCCCACGCCAGCGUCUCCUGGGUGGUGGACCCUAAACCAGACUCUAAGCGGAGCCUCAGCACCAAGUAUGAGACCACUAUCUUCUAACCGCUCACUCCCUGUCUCCACUAGUCUCACUGUGCCUUGCCAUCCGACCUCAGCUCUUCUCAGCUCUCCUUCCGGCUGCUGACGCCAAGGCCCCGGCCCCGGGGGGGGCCCUGCUCCCCCCCCCCAGCCCGGCAGCAGCUCUAGACACCACACGCACAGCUUGUACCCAACACCACCGGACACUGUGAAGUCCCCGCCUCGGGCGAGGACAGCUUGGCGGGGGAGGGUGGUGAGUCGCCUUUGAGGUGGGCACCAGGAAGCCUCAGCGGGCAGGCACUGUGAAUCCUGGGGGCAGGGGCGGGGCGCAGUCUUCGAGCAGAGUCCACCAGUGAGCACCCCGCUGACUAGGCCGGGCUCUGCUCUCCUCCCGUCUUCUAUGCCGAGCCGCAGCCGGGCGCCGCCGCCUAGAGCGAACCGUCUUUUUGCACCUUUCCUGACACAACCAACCACUGUGAGCACGUGGUGCCAGAAUCCCCUUGCAGCCCGCGCCCGGCCGGCCUGCGGCCCCAUCCGUCCCUCCUCUGCCGCCAGGCGCCGGCCUCCCUCCUGUGAGAGCCCGAGCUCCGCGCCGUGGCUCGCCUGGGGCCAGACUGCGUUCCGGGAGGGCCCGGGGGCCCGGCGCACAGGCCUGACUCCGCAGCAUGGCGCCCUGAGCAUCUGAACCCCCGUGGGCUGGCUUCCCUCAGCAGGUGUCUUGGUCCUGCGGAGUCUUGCGCUCCCGAAGAAUGGGGUGGGGUGGUGUGUGUGUGUGUGUGUGUGUGGUCGGCCCCUCCUGUCUUCACCAGGGGCUCGCAAGGCUGGCUGUGGAGUCUAGCUCACUGAGGAGGAAGGCCUUUCUGUGGGACCCAGCGAGAGGGAGGCCUGGGCCCUGCACACACGCUGCAUCUUCUUCCCUCACAGAACCCAGCCGCUCGAGGACAGGGACCCGGACCAAGCAACUCCCCUUGUCCUCCCAGGACUUGCCGUCACUGCUCUGCAGUGUGGGGGUCAGAGAUAGUCAGCCCCGCUCAGCCUCCAGCGUGCCCUGAGAGGGGAGGCUGUGGAUCGUGGAGCGGAGGCUUUGAAGAAGCCCCCUGGUCUCCGGUCUCCAGGGAGGGCCGGUCAGCUCAGGUGGCGGGAGACAGGAAAGCGCGCCGCCAGCACAGCGUAGGCCGGUAGAGAAGCCUAGAGAAGCCUAGAGAAGCCAGGAGCUCGCGGCGGUUCCUGGAGAGGCGGAGGCCAAGGUGAUAAAGCGGGCUGGGCGGCCCUGCCCGCCUGCCUGUCCUGGUGCCUUCCCGAGCCACGGGCGCUCAGGGGAGGCUGUGAGGGACCUUCCUUCACUUCCAUGCUUCCUUUCAGUUUCCUCCACUCUGUGCAGGCCCCUGUGGUUAACCCUUUCCUCCCCCCAUUGUGUUUGCUUCUGCCAAGCUGAGCCACUGAGGAACCAACUGUGCUGCGGAAACACAGACGUGGGGAGCACAGGCUCCCACCGCCGCGGCCCCCACCACCGCCGCCGCCGCCGCCACCACUGUGUCACCUGCAGCUUCGAAGACCCAGGCCCGGCCUCUGCCGGGAGCAGCUCCACGGGGCUCCUUGGCCUGGUCCUGCCGCCACCAGGUCUUACAGAGCAAGGCGCAGUCCAGGCCUCGAGCGGAUGAGACUGGAACUCCAGAGAGUCAAGAAGUGACUUGUUCAGAAGACAUUUUUUAAUAGAAAAAAAAUUUUUUUUUUAGAAAACGAAUUUUUAAGACUCGGCUCAAAUCUCUAGGUUAAACUGCCAAUCUUCAGACAGAUGGCCAUGGGGUCGGAGGACAGGGGCGCCCCAGAGCGGCUCCGAGGCCGGCCGGCGCCGCCUUCUGCCCCCCCCGGGAUGGGCCGUUGGCGCGGUCCGGGAGGCUGGGGGGCGGGGGGGCAGUGGCCUGGGGGUGAACGGAAAGCAGGCCCAGGUGGGUUUGUUCGAGUCUGCCUUUCAAACCCAACCAAGUCAGUUGCUGUUCCUUACGAACUGCACAACUUCUUGUCCCCAUCCGGAGCCGGACGCUGCCUCUGCAGUAAGAACAGGCCUCAGACGCACCUGGCAAAAGCAGAGACUCCCGGUCCGUGUCUGGGGUUCCAAAUGUGAAGGUCCAGGGGCCAGAUGGAGCCGAGCGAGCUGUGUCCAGAGCCAUGAAGUCGGGGCCGCUCCUCGGCGCCCGAGCCGGCGGUGGUCAGGGCGCCAGGCCACGCACUCUCUGGCAACCUCAGACUGCCUGGGUUCAGUCAGAAAGAAGAAAAAGCAGCUUUGUUUCGGGCAUUAAUGGGUAGGUCGGCUAAGAUGGCUACCUGCCAAUUUGUGAUUUGUCUAAUCAGGUCUGUGUGAUUAGGACUCGCUUUGAUUCUCUGAAUUAUUGGUUUGACUGUUGUAUUUUCAGCUGCUGGAUUCAUCCCUGGCUCCAGGUGUAGAGAAGGCUAAAUAAGGUGACGGUUGAUUCAGUUCUCCCCCAGUGUGGCCUUCAGGGCCGACUGGGGUCCUGGCGCACCACUGCCACUUAAGGGCUCCUGCUGGCUUGCUUUGCUUGUUAACUUGGACUCUUGCUCUGUGCUCCUGAGGGUGGUAGAAGCAGACAGGGUAAUUCCUGUGAGGCCGAGAGGCAGAGCCGGCUGUGGUGCUGGCCCCGUAUCUUCCAGAGUAGGGAGCAGAGAGGAGCCCUUCCUCCCAUGGGCAAUUCAGCAGACCUCAUGCGUUGCCGGCACGGGCCGGGCUUCCCCCGGGACCCACAGGCCAGGCUUUGGCGGGACUUCUUUCCCAGCAAGGGCUGUGAAUUGGAAUUCCCUGCGGGUUCCAUGCACAGAGAGUGCUCUUGGGCACACUCACCACCCCAGUGGUGGCCAGGAACAGAAAGCCCGGCCCCGUCCUCCCGCUGCCUCAAAGCUGGGCCCCAGGGGCAGCACCUCCUCUGGAGCAGGGGCAGGGAAGCCUCCACUUUCCGGUACUAAACAAGGACCUCAACGCCUGAAGUCUGGCUUCGCUUCCUGCUUCUCCCAAGGCCCAGGAGCCUCCUGUCAGCUCCCGCCACGCAUGUUCUGUCCCCCCCCCCCACCCAGACCACCACCACCAACCCGCUGGCCCGCGAGAAUUGACCAGGGAACCCGAGGGGUGGGCGCCCUCCCUUCCUCUGCGGGGGCCUGGCCUCAGCUUAAGUGCGCCUCUCCUCUCCGGAGGCGGCAGGUCCAAAAAGCAAACUGUAGACACUACUAUGAGCUGUUCGAGCCGUCUUUUUGUUUUUAAAUCACACGUAGGUGUUUCCUCCCCUUGAAGCUGCUAUAUCUUUAUUUAUUCAGGGUGUUGUCAUAUUGGAAAGCCUUAGCUAGUCCUCUCUGGCUCUGGGUUUGCUUUUGAGAUUGGUUUAUUUCCGAAUAGUUGAGAAGGGUAGGGACUGGAUCUUUCUUUCCUUUUUACUUCUCCUCCGGGGCAGGUACUCUCUCUCCCCUCGAAAGGGGCGGUGUAACUUCAAGGACAGGCUUCGAGCAGAAAAGCCCCCGCUUCUGCACCAGAGUUCCACGGCGGGGUCUGAGCUGUGCCGGGGGCGGGGGGGGGGGGGAGGGGGACUAGGCAGGACCUGCGAGGGAGUCAGUACCUUCCCCGGCCCCAGCCCCCAGCUUCUCUGCUCGCCGCUCUGAGCCAUAGAACCCCUCCUGUCAGGCUCCGCGUCUGCCAUGCUCCACAUGCCUCCUGGGUCUCUAGCCUCAGAUUCUGGCGGCCGUUCCUCGAGAAGCCUCUGGCCGAGCAGGCAGCCAUGGUGGUGGCCGCCGCUCUGACAGUAGAAAGCGCGUCUAUCCUCGGUCCGCCUGCGAGAGGCCCAGGCCUGCGGCAUGACCGUCAGAAGCAGCUCGCAAAAGUGUUGUUGCUAACGGGGUGGCAACGGGACUGAAUUGUAAUAAAAAUGUUAUUUAAUCUUUGUCUCUGUAUUUUGAUACUUGAAUGAAUUCCCCUUUUAUUUUACUGUACAUAUAAUUGUUAAUCUGUCCGAUUUUGUCCGAAUUACAAACAUCUUGUGGUACCAAACAUAACGAAUCUGCGCAACAAUGUAGACUGACCUCACGACACGAGAGAGAGUGUAAAUAUUCCUGGGCUUCCAGCUUCGGUUUGGUUAUUUUCAUAACUGUACAACCUAGAACAGACGGAAUUAAUAAAUGAGAAGCAACAUGAAACCA